AUGCACUUGCAACUGGGUGAAGUAUCUGCAGUUGUGGCGACAUCCCAGUUAGCCAGAGAGUUCAUGAAGACCCAUGAACUCGCCUUUAGCAAGAGGCAAGAAAUUUUUGCAGCUCAGAUUUUGACCUACGAUGGCUUAGACAUUUGCUUUUCUCCAUUUGGUGAUUAUUGGAGACAAAUGCGAAAAGUUUGCGUAAUGGAACUCCUGAGUGCCAAGAGGGUCCAAUCCUUCUCUUCUCUUCGAGAAGAUGAGGUUUGUAAUCUUGUCGAGUCCAUCCGCUUAUCUUCAGGAUCACCGAUCAAUUUUACAGAAAAGAUCUAUUCCUUAACGAGUACCAUCGUGUGCAAGGCAGCUUUUGGCAGCAAAUGCAAAGAUCCUGAUGUAUUUAUAUCGUUGGCCAAGGAAGCAAUAUCUGCAACAAGAGGCUUUGACUUGGCCGAUUUGUUUCCUUCCAAGAAAUUUCUUCGUGUGAUUACUGGAAUAAAAACUAAAGUAAAGGAAAUGCAUCGGAAGAUUGACAAGAUCGUCGAGAACAUCAUCCAUGAGCACAAGGAGAACCAGAUGAGUGCAGCAAUUAGCGAGGUAGAAAGGGGGAAGGAAGAUCUUGUUGACAUUCUUUUGCUCCUUCAGCAAACUAGCAGUCUUGAGGUCCCCAUUACAACCAAGAACAUCAAGGCUGUCAUCUGGGACAUGUUUGCUGCCGGAACUGAUACUUCAUCAGCCACGGUUGUUUGGGCUAUGGUAGAAAUGAUGAGGAAUCCUACAGUUCUGGAGAAGGCACAAGCUGAGAUAAGACAAGCAAUACAAGCCUUCAGAGGAAAGAAAAAGGUGGAUGAGAAAGAUGUUGGGAAUCUAAGUUACUUAAAGUUAGUGAUCCAAGAAACUCUGAGGCUACACCCUCCUGCUCCCAUGUUGGUCCCAAGAGAAUGCACAGAGCCAUGCGAAAUUGAUGGAUAUGAGAUACCCGUCAAAACUAAAGUCAUCAUAAAUGCAUGGGCAAUUGCAAGAGAUCCUGCAUAUUGGAAUCAUGCUGAGAGUUUCAUGCCGGAGAUGUUUGCAGGUAGUUCAACUGAUUUCAAAGGGACUAGCUUUGAAUAUAUCCCUUUCGGUGCAGGGAGGAGGAUGUGCCCGGGAAUAUUAUUAGGUCUUGCCAAUGUUGAACUUCCUCUCGCUCAACUGCUGUAUCAUUUCGAUUGGGAACUCCCAGGCCAGAAGAAACCAGAGGAUCUAGACAUGAGUGAAACCGUUGGCGCUGUUGCCGCAAGGAAAAAGCCCUUGUAUUUGAUUGCAACUACAUUUACGCCUUGA